AAAAAUACGAGAAGGAUACAAGGGCAUGAGGGGUGGCUGGAGUCCGGGAGUGCGCGGGAGAACUACAACUCCCAUAGUGCCCUGCGCGGCACAGACCGGAAGUGCCGUGUCCAUAGCAACGGGGGAGCGGGGCUGCCAUGGGGCAGGACUACUACGCCGUGCUGGAGCUGGGCCGUGGGGCCACGGACGCAGACAUCAAGAAGGCUUAUCGGAAACUGGCCUUAAAGAACCAUCCUUUAAAAUGCAAGGAGCCCUGGGCGCCAAAGAGGUUCAGGCAGCUGGCAGAGGCCUACGAUGUGCUCAGCGAUCCCAUGAAGAAAGGAAUCUACGACAAGUUUGGAGAAGAGGGUCUCAAAGGCGGCAUCCCCUUGGAGUUUGGUGGCGAGAACCCCUGGACCGCGGGCUACGUGUUUCACAACAACCCUGACAAAGUCUUCAAGGAGUUCUUUGGUGGAGACAACCCCUUUGCGGAGUUCUUUGCUGAGGAUGGCUCGGAACUGGUUCUGCCCUUUGGAGGGCUGCGAGGACGAGGAGUGAUGAAGCAAGACCCCCCGAUCGUGCGAGAUCUCUACCUCUCCCUUGAAGACCUGUUCUAUGGCUGCACCAAGAAGAUCAAGAUCUCCCGCAGGGUGAUGAAUGAAGAUGGUCAAACGAGCACCAUCAGAGAUAAGAUCCUGACGAUCGACGUGCAGCCGGGGUGGAAGCAGGGCACCAGGAUCACCUUUGAGAAGGAAGGAGACCAGGGCCCAAAUGUCAUUCCAGCUGACAUCACCUUUGUUGUCCAAGAGAAAAUCCACCCGAGGUUUAAAAGAGCCGACGACAACCUUACUCAUGUCGCCACCAUCCCCUUGGGGAAGGCGCUGAUCGGCUGCACGGUGGAUGUGAGGACGCUGGACGGGCGGCUGCUGAACAUCCCCAUCAACGAUAUCGUGGACCCCAAGUACUGCAAGGUAGUGCCAGGGGAGGGGAUGCCGCUGCUCCAGGACCCCAGGCGCAAGGGUGACCUCCUCAUCUAUUUCAACAUCUGCUUUCCCAAGAAGCUCACGCCUGAGAAGAAACUGCUCUUGAAAAGCGCUCUCCUGUCCUAGGGGAUGAGGACCUUCCCCUUCUCCUCCCACCAAUAAAGCUCUGGAGCCAGCACUGUGACUGGGCAGAGGUUGUUCCAAGUACUGGGGACCUGGAAACACCACCCUUGAGGCUUUUUUUUCCCCUGGGACUUGGAUCCACCUUGCUUUCUGGACUCUGUUCUGGAGAUGCCACCCCACAGCAGCAGCACCACAGUGAUGCAGAGGGUGAUGGAGGAUUUUUUUGGGGGGGUUACAGUACUCUCGGCUCAACUCGUGCGUGGGAACAGCGAGGGUUUGGGGGCGACUGGGUGCAGGGUGGUGAGGGAAAGACCAAAACCAGGGAAGAAAAAACCACAGGAUUUACUCAAAGUCUCGCUUUGCUCACUAUAGCUUUCUCCUUGGUUGGGAUCUGGCAGACGUGAUCCCCUUUGAUGUCAGCGAGUGAGGUGCCACCAGGAAGGUGGUGAUGGCAGCGUCGGGCCCAGGAGGGGACCUCUUGCUCGUGGCCAUAAGGCCCCAUUUCAGCUGCUCAUAGGUGACGAACAUCACGACGUUCCAGGAGC